UGAACGAGACAUUAAAGCGUUCUAACAAGAACAAACGGAUGACAACCAGAGACGAACCUGCGUACCUACCCUUCAAGACAACAGCUGAUCUUCUCUCAUUCAAUUAUGCCAAUGAAGAGCAGUAUGCCGACCUUGUCGACUAUUUGUUAUAUUUAGGAGCAGUCAACGCAUAAAUAGCAGCAGCAAAAUGUAUUAAGAAUUGCUUCAAAUUCAGUGAAGAAUUCUUUACACAGAUGACCUGGACUGGGUCAGAAAAGUUUAACAUAGUGGGCUUAAAAGAUACUCGCUUUGUAGCUGCAUGCGAAGAAGCCUUAUCAUCGUACGACCUCGUUUAUACGAAAUUCAAGAAGGAUGAGUUUGUCUUCGUCAUGACAAAAGCUUUGAAAAGUGCCAAGGAAGGUUUUCGACGUAAAUGUCUGAAGAGGAAGGCUCCACCUCCAGAAAAUAACCGCAAUCUACAAGAACCGCAACCAAAACGACGACACGAAGACGACGAGGAUACCUUGUCCAUUGCCUCCGGUGACAUCAGCACAAGAGAGGACUCAAUGAACAAUGGCGAAGAGUAUCAGGAUCGCCAAUUAGGUAACGUCAGGGAGAAUGAAGGCAUCCUUGGCAACAACCAGAGAUUCGACAAUCCAGACGAUGACUACGGCAACAACGGUGACAACAACUAUGAUAACGUCGGUCGAGAGCGCAACGGCGAAGAUGAACAGGGCAUCGGUGGAGAGGGCAACGGCGAAGAUGGACUGGACAUCGGUGGAGAGGGCAACGGAGAAGAUGAACUGGACGACGGCAAUUAUCCUCCGUACGGUGGAUACGAUUUCAACGGCGGUGGUGGAGAUGAUUUCGGCAUCGGUGGCUAUCAUGACUUCAGGACUGAGGAACACAGUGAAGAGAGCAUUCCUGAACAUCACCCCGAAGACCGUAACGACUACGAGAAGGAUGACCGCACCGAAGAUAAUGAGGCAAAUAAAGACGCCAACAUCAAUGAGGAAGACGAUUGGGCAACCGAGUAUUUGGAUCAGGAGGACGAUCCCGUGUACAGGUUUAUAAAAGGCGGAGAAAGGUUAUGUUAUUUUACAGAAAAGUCAUUUUUGACAAGCACAAAUUCUAUCAUGGAAGAUCACGCAGGAGUUUAUAAGCAGGUUAUCGAUGCGAGCUCUACUAAUCCAGGAUCCGAACUAGUGCCCAGUCACUUGGUUCAAGAAAUCAUUGUUGAAAAUGAUGGUCGUGCAUCAUCUAUUAAUUGUGGAUUAUCCGAUGGAAGUGAAAUUACCUUAAAAAAUGAUAGCACUAACAUACACAACAAUAUCGAGACUAUAAAGCAAGAUCAAAUUUGUGAAAAUUAUAAAAAUUUAGUUUCUCACAAUCCAAGACAUAAGGAGCAAAACAUAGAUAAUUCUGUUCCUCAAAAUCAAGCAUCAGAUCAUAAAGGGAUCACUGAUUUUAACGAUUCCACUAGUGAUGCACCAAAGUCAGGAACAGCUUGUAGAGAAAGCAUAGCUGAAGCAAUUGUUGACCCAAAUGAAGCAGUUCCUGUAAUUAAUGUUAAUGAUUCUGUUCCUAGAUUAUCUAAGAAUCAAACUCUUGAUGAUUAUAAUGCGUUGAACAACGACCAAAAUAUCAUGGAUAAUUUGGUUACUAUUAAGGAUGAGCACACUGAUAAAUGUGAUCAAGCAAUGGGCAAUAUUGUAACUAAUGAAAAGGGGACAGACUCAAUAAUUAAUAAUAUGCAAUCAGAAAAGAUUGAAUCCAUGGUAAUGAAAAGUGUGUCUAUUGACUCUGAAGGAGGUAAUGAAAAUGUAAAUAUUGCUAUAGAAGAAAUUCCAGUUAAAAGUAAUUGCACAGAUGAUGCAAAUGAGAAGUAUGACAACUUAAAAAUUAAAAAGCUCAAUUCAGAAAUUACAGAAGAAGUUGACUACCCAGUACUUAUAGAAGAAUCUGUAAAAGCGACGAAUAUAGUUAUAAAUUCAGAUGAUGUUGCUGUUCUAACAGAAUUUAGUUCAGUAGAAUACAAUAUUCAGACAGAAAUUACUAAAAAAGAAGAUGUUAAAGUAGAGACUGAACAUAAGCUUCAACAAAUCACUAAAUCAGGGACCGUAAAAAAUAGUCAGGAUUUAACAGAUAAUAUGUUAUCUAUUGAUAUGAAUAAACAGGAGAGCAAACAUAACGAUGUGUCUAUUUAUGAUGAACUGACAAAUGAGGAAGAUGAAGACGAACUCAAUUUACAUCUAUCAUCUCAGUCAACAGAAAAUCAUCGCAAAGUCAUUCAAGACAUCUUUGAUGAUUGGCAGGAUGAAAAUGGUGAAGAAGAAGUUAAUCAGCCGUCAAGCGCUUUUAAAGAUAAUCACGACUCUGUUGAGUUGGAGCUACAAAGUUUACUCAAUGAUGGUGCUCAACAAGAGGAAACAGUUUCUAGUAUAAAUAUUGAAGUUACAGAAAAAAGUAGUGCUGAGAAUAGUAAAACCAAAUUUGUGAAAUCAGAGAAAUUAUCUCAGCUUGAUAAAACUACAGUGGAAGUUAAAACGUUCACACAAAACAAGUCCCCAAAGUCGGCUUUAAAUUCCACUUCCAUAAAAGAUCUUUCACUUGGUCAUUUGCCAAGAACUCUAAGCCAGGAUGAAUUACUUGACCCAAAGCAAAAGCAACAGUCACCUCGUCCAGGUGUCAAAGUACCAGGCAUACACCUUACCAGUCAAAUAGCAUCUACAACUGAAGUCAAUGAAGCUUUGAAAGAAAGAUUGCGAGAGAAACAAAAGGAUUUAGUAACACCAAAAACAGUAGAUAUAGUGUUUGUAAAAAAGAUUACUCAACGACUUUCAAGUCAAUUAUCUGGUGCUGUGAGUGUGCCACCGCUCAUACCUUUACAGUCAACACCUAUUACAGAAAAUCAUAAAAUUAAAGAUAAUAAGUCAGAAACAAGCGAAGACGAAAAAUUUAAUAAAAUAUCUUCAAGUACAACUGCAGACAAAGAACUUUUAGCAAUUCUAGAAGGUGAUGUUGAUCCUGAUUGGUCUAAUUUGAAGAGUGUCACUGACGAAAGUAACAAAGUUUCUAAUUCUGGAGAACCUCACUCAACAGGUUCAAAGUUGGAUCCUGCUGUAGAACGCGAGUUGGCGCUCAAACAACUGCUUGAGCUUCCUAAUAUACCUGCUAAGAAGAAUAAUCCUGUAUCAUUAAAAAAAAUUAAAAAAACAGGAAGAUCAAGCAAGGUAGCAAAUGAAGUGCUGGAAUCUAAAUCGGUUGACGAGAUUAAAACAGAAAUUAUAAGUUUAGAUUCAGCUGAAGAGGAAUCUCCAAAAAAAAGCAAGACUCCUAAAGCUUUAAAGGAAAACAACAAUCAAAACAUGCACAGAGCUGCAACUGCCACAGUAAUUAUUGACUUGGGUGUUGAAGAGUCCAGGUCUGGCAGAAAACGAAAACUCACAGAGAAGGCGCGUGAGCACGAGCUUAGCGUCAAGCGACAGAAAGUCCCGAAAGUUAAACCUGGGCCUGAAAAAAAGUCAUUGCAUGAAUUUUCAGAAAAUAGUAAGCAUAUGACUGAUUUCGACAGUCCUGCAAUCAACAAAUCAACCAACACAUCUAAAGCUGCUUUAGAACCAAAUUCAUGCAGUCCUCCCAAGUGUAGUCAAACUAAACUGGAUGCUAAGCAAAACAAACCUGAAGUUAAGCAAAGUAAAGUUGACAUAAAAGCUGCGUCUUCCAAAUCUGAAAAUAAACAAACUGGUGCAAAAAUGGCUGGUACAAAGGGCAAAAUGACACUGGUAAAGCCACCAAAAAUUGGACUAUUAAAGAAGGAUGUGCCAAUCUCGAAGAGAAAACUUGCAGUGAAAAAUCUGUUAAGGCAAAAAAUGGCUGAUAAAAAGUCUUCAAUAGUUAGAACAAAGGGUCAAGUGUCUGAGAAAUCUUUGGCUACUGGAGUACUGACAACGAAGCCGAAAAAGAUUGUUACAGAAAUUGAUAAACUUCUGCAAGAUGAAGGCGUAGUGAAUCUUCUUUACGAUGUAGAACAGCCAGACUUAAAGAAAAGACUUAUUCCAAUAACCAAAUCGCAAAAAAAGGUUAUGGAUGUAGAGAAAGCUGAGAGGGAGUUGAAAUUAAGAACAAAACUAGUUAGGAAUGCUGUUUUAAGGCUUAGAAACUCAAAUGCGUCGGCAGUCAAGAUUUCACCAAGAUCUAGAAGAAAUAUGUCUGUUACGGAGAAUGCGUCAACGCAGUCUGAAAAAAAAUGUAGUGAACCCACGAAGUCCCUGAAAUCACCAGUUUUGACCUCUGCAUCUUCAGAUUUCAUCAUUCCUGCAAAGAUACGGAAUGCAGCAGAUGCAUCGCGCAUCAUUCGCAGACACUCGUCGAGCUCGUUUUCUAGUGCUUCCGCAAGUCCACGAGUGAGCAUAGACAUGCCCCCUGAAUCGAUUAAAUUAGAUGAAUCUGAUCUGCAAACUAAAAGCAAGAGAAAACUCUCGCAUGAUUCAGUUGAAAAACCUGAUACAAGAAAGAUUAAAAAAAAGCUUGCACCAAAAGAAGAGAUCAAAGAUACAGAAUCUAGUGAAAAAUCUUCAACAAAAAAGGAGCCUGCUAAAAAGAUUACAACAAGGUCUAACAUUACUUCUGUAUCACCUACAGCUUCAAUAAAAACAGUUUGUAAAAACAAAAAAGUGCCAAAAAAUAAAACAUCCUCAGAAACUUCAACAAACGAUGAAAAGUCAUUGAAAGGUCAAGACGAAUUAUCGGCUUGUCUAGCUGAAGCGGCAACUGCUUUACUCUCUGGCAUCAGUACCACUGGCUCAUCGCGAUUAUCUAGUGGAUCGACCAGUCGCAAAAAAGGAAGUACACAUUUUUCAAAAACAGACGAUGAGAGAGUAGACAGUAAAAAAUUAUUUAGCAAUAAAGAAAUAAAUGUAAGGCACCAUGGACAUCUUGUGCAAUUAAUAUUGACACCAUCCACACCAGUUUCAGGAAUCAGGAAUGCUAUUACGGUUCAGGUUAUGAACGAAAUGCGUGAAGCACUAUCAAUUUUAAAAAAUGAUGAUGAUUGCAGAGUCGUUUUAUUUACUUCAACAGGGACUAGUUUCUGCGAAGGCUUGGAAGUUUCGGCACUUCUACAAUCAAAUACAGAUGAACGAAAAGUCCGAGCUGAAGAAACAGCUACGGCUGUCAAGAAUUUCAUUAAAGAAUUAGCUGCAUUCAAUAAGCCUAUUGUAGCUGGUGUUCAAGGAGCAGCUAUUGGCUUAGGUGUUACGAUGUUGCCUCUGUUUGAUCUUGUGAUAGCCAGUGAUAAGGCAACUUUUAGUACUCCUUACGGCAAACUUGGUCAGAUUGCUGAAGGGGCAGCAGUUCUGACAUUAUCACACAGCCUUGGAAGUGCAGUUACAAACGAGUUACUGUUGGGUGGUCGAGUGUUGACUGCAAGUGAAGCAUUGAGAGCCGGGCUUGUUACAAGAGUUUUAUGGCCAGAUAGGUUUCAAGGUGAACUUUUACCCUCUUUGAAAACCAUGAGUGAACAAUCAUCACAGUCCAUGGAAACUACAAAAGCUUUACUGCGCCAAAGCCUUCGCCAAAAACUUGAAAUGGCAUUAGAAUCCGAAACCUUAUUACUCGUCAAACACUGGUGUUCACUAGAGUGUCAAGAAGCAAUCAAGAUCUAUAUAGACGAGAAGGGUCAGUGAUUAUAAAAAUUAUAGGUGAUAAUUGAAGUUUUGAAUGAAGAAAAACAAAUUUUUAUUACUUUAUGAAAAGAAAUAUAAGUUAUUUAAUAGUAAUGUACAGAUGAUUCAGAAAAUCAGUGAAUCUUGCAUUAAAGAUAAACAGUGUGUUUGGCAAAAAAGUAACUAUGACCGUGUUAAGAAAAUUAAAGUUAACAAAAACCUAAUUAUGUUCUAUUAUACGUCUAGGUUUACAAAUGUUUAUAACUAUUACUAAGUUUAGUUUUGUCGAUUACUUGAUCCGUCAUAUAGUAAUUAAUAUUAUAUAAGAAAUUAUAUAGCAGAAACGGUAGAUUUUUACUUUGUGAAAAAAAAUUUGUUUCUUUUGGUUUAUACGACUGCACAUUUGGCGCUGUAUGAAUAGAGUUCUAUGUGUGAUAAUGAAAAUUGUGAAAUUUCAAAUAUUUGUACUGCGGGAUAUUCGUAUGAGAGCUUAUCAAUAUUUAGAAUAUUCACGUCAAGCAUAGUGUGCUUGAGACGAAAGUGUGCGUUUCACUUUUGCAUUGGGUCACAGUGCACGAUCAGUUUUACAUAUUAACGAAAAAGAAAGUUGUCAAAGUGAUUACUGUAAGAAGUAUUUUAAUAAUACUAUAAUUUUAAGUUACUAUAACUUUGUUCUUGUCGACACUUACGCCCACGCAAAAAUACAUUUACUACUCGGUAAUAUAAUGUUACAAGAUUUUGUUUACACGUUUCUCUUAUUUGAAAAGAUUUCAUUUAUUUGUAUUGGAUUAUUAAACAAAAGUUGUUAUUUUUAAGCAUUAAUUGUGUUUACUUUAUUUUAUAUAAUUUUCAAAUCACCAGUUAGAUUCAGGAAUUCUAAGAAAAAAUCCUACAGUAUACACUGGCAACCACUGAUUCUUUUUUGCAGUUAAGAGGCCACCACAGCAUUUAUAUAGAUAUACUAGCCAAUGCUAAUUUACGCGACCAUUUGCUCCCAACUUCUGGAAAAACGAGGGCUUAUAUGACUCAAAAAAUUACAGGACCUAGUUGUCGGUACAAUCUUUGCUCGGAAGUGAGCUGGACAUCAUGCGUCAACGGGAUCCUGGAGAAAAAAAUACUUUAAAGUACGCUUUCCUUCCCAGCCACUAACCUCGGCCAAAAUAAACAAUAAACGAUCGAUCUGAUCUAAACCAAAAUAUUUGACAUAUCUGUCUGACUUCUAUGUACAGCCGUUUUUAUAAAGUUGGGAGCAAAGAGGGGCAUCAAUUUAACACGGUUAGUAUAUCUAUAUAACUGGUGUGGUAGCCCCUUAAAUCUAAAAGUUAUAUUAUGAAAAUAAUUUAUUAAAUAUUAGUGUUUGUUUAAAUCAACAAAUAAAAUUUAAAUGAGGAAAA